AUGAAUUUCAAACUCUCAAAUUUAUUAAAAAAAUACUUAAUACUAUUUGUUAAUUUAAUUAUUUUAGUAAAAAGAAUAUUAUUAGUUUCUUUAGCAUUAGCCAAUAUGAUCAUAAAAGAAAAGUAGAAUUUCUUUUUAUUAGUUAUAAAUAGCCAUGGUUCGCUUAUAUUCCACAAGAAUUUAUUGAGAAAAGAAAUGAGAAUUGAUGAUUUAGUGAAUGCAUCCUCUAUGUUUUAUUCAUUUAAUGCGUUAUCGAAUUCUACUCUUCCUGAACACGUUUUGAAUGUCUAAAAAGAUUAAAAUUUUCAAUUUUAGUAUUAAACUGAAAAUAGAGUAGAUACUGUUGUUAGUGAAGGAUUUCGUUUGUCAUGCUAUCAUGCAGUAACAGGAUUGAAGUUUGUCUUAGUUACAGCACCAUCUAACGCACAUGAAGAGAAUUUAAAUAUAUUAAGAUAGGUUUAUAAAAUAUACUCCGAUCAUGUUUCUAAAGAUCCAAAUUAUCUGAUUGAUUAGCCUAUUAAAAAUAAGUAGUUUGAUAAAGAAAUAAGUGAAUUGCUUGAGUGA